AAAUGAGGGGAUGUAGGGUAGGUAUAGGAUAGGACAGCUUUGAAGAGAGGAGAGAAAACACAUUUCUUUUUCUUUUUUAUUUAUUUUUAUUUUUAUUUUUAAGAAUUAAAGAAAAAUUUUAAAUUAAUUUUCUCUCUCUUGGAUGGAGACUUGAACGCAUAUUCAGAAUGGGAUUGGGGAUGUGAAUCGUGGUGAGGUGUUUGAUGGUACAAACCUGCUUUUUGGUGGAAGAACCUGAUGCCCUUGAUGUGUGAGUGGGUGGUGCUGUUUUCUCUAACUCUAGAUCUCUCAAUCUCUCCCUCCUCCUCCCUCUCCACCUUCUCUACCUUCUCCUCCUUUUCUCUUUCUCUCUCUUCUUCUUGCCCUUGCUUUGUAUUUUAGUCUGCUAAAUCCCCUUGUUUUUUAUGUUUUUUUGGGCUGUUUAAGUCUCCGUUAUCUCUCCCUUUUUUUUUUUUUUUUCUUCUUUUUUAUUUCUUCUGUCCUGCCCAUCCGGAAAAAGCUUCCAAAGGGGAAGGUUUGUAAGAUAGCAGCCUUUUUUCUUCUCCGUUUUGUUCUGCCAUUUUUAUUUCAUUUGUGGGUUUUGUUUUUUCUGCCAAUUGCAUCCUGGGGUUCUCUCCCCUCUUUCGGUUUUGCACUGUUGUUGAGCUGAGAGCAUACCGGGCAAGUUUGAAUGGUGAAGCUUCGUUUGAUUUCAUGAUUUAUUGUCUACGAUUCUUUGCUUUCUAGGCUGCCUUAAAUGUUUUCACGGACUUUCUCUGGUCCUCUUCUUUUCUUUUCUGCUCUUCCCGAUUUUGGAAGAGGAACAAAGAUAUAGAUUUAGUUCUGGUCGUCUUCAACUAUUCACCAGACGACCUGGGAUGGGAUUUGGGCUUCUGGGGUUUCAGGGUUUCUGGGUUUCUUCCCACUGUUGAAAAUCCUAAUCUCUCUACAUCUGGUGAUUUUGAUUCUGACCAUCUUUUCUCUUUUGUGACUCUCUUUUAUCAUUUCCUCCACUUAGUGGUAAACUCGUUGGGGGUGCGAGAUUUGUUGUUUGUAGGCCUUUGAAACUUUCUUCUGUAUCUAUUAUUAUAUUCCCCUUGCUUUAGUUAAUCCCUAAUAUGGUAUUUUUGUGUGGUGUUUAGAGAUUUGAUUUAGCAAGUAUCCAAGUGCAUAGUGGUUUCCCAAAUCUCAUGUUUUGAUGCUUGUGAAAUUCGUAUACCUUUUUUUCUUUCUGGGUAUGCUCACAUAAAAUAACGCUCCUCACAACUUUGAUCCUUUAGUGAGUGCGAUGUUUGCUUGUGGGUUUCGUUCUUUUGCCCAUUUUGUUCUUUGCUUCAUCAAUCGGGCUCCUAGAGUUUGAUGAUUUGACGUAGAUACUUCAAAUUUACUCGUCCAAACCACAUAAAAUAACGUUCUAGAGAGGGCUGAUGGAUGAAGAUUCUAGUGGGGUUGUCUGAUCUUGUUGCUACUGUUGGGUGGUGGUGAAGCUGAAGCUUAAAUUUGUGAGAAGUGGAGGUCGGAGUAGAGAGAGAGAGAGAGAGAGAGAGAGAGAGAGAGAAAGAGAGAGAGAGAGAGGGCUAUUGUUAUGCGGGAGGCUAAGGUGAAGACAAGGCACAAUAGCAGGAGAAAUAGUAGAAGAGCUUGUGACUGUUGCAAAAACAGCACAAGAAGAGAGAAGCUGUUUUGCAGAUGUUAUCCGUUGAAAACCCUCCACCAGAUCCCCCAUGUCCUUGCGAAAUUUCCCAACUGAAAGGUAGUGAUGAGAGGGCUUCUGAUAAACUUGCCUUGCCAGAGGUAGAUCUGUUCAACUCAGGCCUUGAUGAUACCCAGCUACCCAAAUUCUCCAUAAGAGAUUAUGUUUUUGGUACCCGGGGCAAGGAUAUCAAGAAGAAUUGGCCUUUUUCUCAGAAAAAUUUGCAACUUUGCUUGAAGCAUGGCGUGAAGGAUGUGUUGCCACCAUUUCAGUCUCUUGAUUCAGUAAGGGAGGGGUCCUUCAAAGGAUGUGUGGCCGAGACUUGUCUGCCUGACAAGGAGAAUAUCUGCAAUUUGGAUAGUUUCAGGAACUUGAAUGGGGAGCCUUCUGGGUGGGUGCCUAGCUCUUCGGAUAGUGCUCAACCGAACCUGAGGAUAGCUGCAGACUGCAUAGACAUAAAUUCAUCUGGAUCUGGAGGAGAAAAAGAUUUUCCUUCAUCCACAACCAGUAACUCUCAAUCUGAUAUAGGGUCAGUUCAUACUCACAGGCUAUCUAGCUCAGCAGUAGAAACUGAUACUUUACUGGAAGCCUCAGCUGAACUUGAAGCUGCAGGAGAUCUCGCACCCCAUAAGACUGAGAGCAAGACUCAACCCUCUGCUAAGAAGUGCAGGUUGAUAGUGAAAUUGCGGGCGGUCUCUGAUCCUAGCUCAACCGAAGAUAUUGCAUCAAAUUGUACAACCCUCUCAGAAGCAAUGGCUUCUAAAAUAUGCCCUGUUUGCAAAACCUUCUCAUCCUCUUCUAACACCACAUUGAAUGCUCAUAUAGAUCAGUGCCUUUCUGUGGAAUCAACCUCCAGGUGGAUGGAGGAUUCUAGACAGACCAGACAUAGAAUAAAGCCAAGGAAAACAAGAUUGAUGGUGGACAUCUGCGCAACAGCACCACGGUGCACGCUUGAGGAGCUUGACAGAAGAAAUGGUUCAAACUGGGCCACGGAUUUGAGCUUACCUACUCAAAAUACUGAGGGGUGUGCCCAUGAGAAAAGACAAAGACUUUCACCUGUUCAUCCUGAGGAGACUGGCGAUGAAGGUGCAGUCUAUAUUGAUGCAAGUGGCACAAAAGUUCGAAUUUUGUCAAAGCUUAACGUUCCAUCAUCUGUCUCAAAAGUAGGAGAGGAUCCCCGGACAAGCAAACCAUUAAGAGGAAGUAAAGGAAGCAAAUUCUUCUCAACCAACAAGAGAAAGCGGCAUGUGAACAAAUAUCAUAACUACCUGAAAGUUGCUAUUCAGAGCAAAAAAGAUUGUUCUCCCAAGGCUCAUAAUUCUGAGAUUCAUGGGACUCGGGAAGAAAACUGUGGGGCAGAAGUUCAUGAGGAGGAGGAACAUCGGGCACAUAAUUUUAAAGCUCAAGAGCAGAUCAAACCCAGUGAUUCAGGAACUUUGAGACAGUGGGUAUGCUCCAAGCGAACUGGUCUCUCAAAGAAGGUUAAUGGUAAAGAUGGCCAUCAGCGGCCGGCAUAUAAGUUGCGUACAACACAAGACUUGGCAAUUGAGAGUGAUCAGUCAUGUUUGGGUGAUUCUUAUGUGGAGAAAAAUACUCGAAGAUCUCCAAACUUGAUGGAGAAUGUUAUUUCCUCUGAAAGCAAGAAGAAAGUGGAGAAUUCUUUGAAUGAAUCCCGAGGCUAUGAUGAUGGGGAGCAGUCUCCUGGAAGAAAGAGAUUGGGAAGUUCCUUGUUUAGAGCCAGAAUUAGUGACAAUGUGGAGAGGUUUCAGGAACCACUGAAGCAAAAUGCAAAUCAAUUAAGCAAAGAAAAUACUUCUGUUUGUGAUAGAAUUAUGCUUAAACGAACAAACACCAUAGGAAAUCAUGUAUCUCCACUCAGCAAUAAGACAUCUGACAUUCUUGCAGGUCCUGUCAGAAGCCCUGAUAGUUCUACCAGUGCAAACCCAAAACCAUACCGGAGUAAAUCAUUGUCAUCAAAAGCCAUGAAAUCCUCCACUUUGAGGAAGGAUGUUUUGUCAGUUCAUCAAUCAUUUUUAAACAAGAAAUAUUCAGCCUUAAAGAAGCCUUGGGUGCUGCAUUCUGAAGCAGAAAUAGAUGAGGAGUCACCUUCUGAAGGGGAUCAACAUUAUGAUAUGAUGCAUGAUCAUGUUGAAAAUCAAUCUGGAGUAGAAGAGAUUAAUGACAGUGUGUGUCUUGAUAGAAGCAGUGUGCUGGAAAUCAGGCAAGAAAGAGGGGCUAUGGGUGUGUCCCAGGGGGAGGAUGCCAUGGUUUUGAAGAGGUCACAAGCAUCUUGGAGUCAUGGCCAUGAUGUAGGGGAAAAUAUAGAUUCUUCUGUCAGAGUCUCUGAUGAUAUGACUGAUAAAUGUGAUGGCCUAGAAUCUGCAAGAAAAUUGGUUCAAAUGCAUGCAGCUGACAUUGUUAUUGAAUCCUCCAAAAUGUGUCCUGACAGGAAUAUUACAACUUUGAACAAAUCAUUAGGUCCCAAAUUCAACAAGCUGGCUAAUCCUCCGGAAAAUGGAUCCAGCUCACUGCAACCUAUGGAAGAAUAUAAAGGGCCUCUAUGUGAAGAUGAAGCAUCGUGCCGUUUAACUGAUCCAAGUCUGGGAGAUGAGCAAGGGAUGUUUUGUCUAGAUGAAGUUGGCAAUGGCAUAAUUGGGCAAAACUCCUUUUUGGGGGCUGCUAUGGAGUCUAAAAUUGGGCAAGGGAACUCCUUUCCUGAGGUUGAUCCAAUACCUAUUCCAGGACCCCCAGGUUCAUUUUUGCCAAGUCCUAGGGAUAUGGGCUCUGAAGAUUUUCAAGGGCACUCAUCAUUAACAACAAGCCUGGUUCAAUCAUCCUCCCAAGAUCAACAUGAUUUGGUUGAUGGCGAUUCAUCUGAUUCUCCUAUUUCUGCAACAUCAACCAUCUCAAACUCCACUGUAGCAAGACCUGAUUUAAAAUGUUCAGAACAGUUAUUAUCUGUCAGAGCUCAUUCAGUUCAAGAGAGGAUCAGGUCAGAUUUCUCAGCUACUAGCAUUUGGCCUGUACUGGAAAAUGAUCUCAUGGUUCCUGAGAAGGUUAGUGUUGGAGCAGAAAGAAUCCUUUUGGAUGGAGGAAAUUUGAAAUUCAAAGUGACCUCUUCCAUAAAGGGACCUCUCAGUUUCCAAGAUGAUGAUCAGCCAUGCUGUUGCUCACGGAAGGAGAGGACCUCUCAAGGUGUUGCUUUAAAUUAUCAAGAAUCACAGCUUCUAAGGCGAAGGACUAUGGCUUCAGUAAUGUUGCCUGCUAUUGGGAAGCAAACAGGCUGCAAUAUGAAUACUAGACCGAACAAUUUGAAUGUGAGUCCUGAAAUGAUUUCUAUCAGCAACUGUCCUAGUUCAGGAUCUGAAAAGGUGGUUUUCCCUGUCAUGAAGGCGUCUACUGAUACAAUUCCUAUAAAUGGUUCUACUGAUGCUGCACUAAAAAUCCCAAGUCACAGUGACUGUGAUUCUGCCAGUCCAUCUGGUUCUAAUCCGAUUCUCAGGCUGAUGGGAAAAAAUUUGAUGGUAGUCAACAAAGAUGAAGUUGCACCUAUGCAGCUCGGAGAAACCCAACCAGUUCCACUGAGUAACUGUCCGAAUCCACAGUUUCUGAACUUUUCUGGAGUCUCUCAUGGCAAUGCUCAAAAUCCUGACUACCAUUACUUUCAUCAUAUGAUCCCUCCAGGUUCUUUCAGAUAUAUCCAGGAUCCACAUAACACAGUAGGGCAGUGUUCUGGUAUCAGGUUGCCAAACAGUUUUGAAGGCCACUGUAAUCCUAAGACACCACAGGCACUGGAGGGCAUGUUUCCUAACAAGCAUAUGGGUGGUGCUUUUGCAGCUUCCUUGGGACCGCAUGACUACAAAGGUGAAUACAAUUUGGUGACUCAACAGAACAGACCCACAACCAGACUGGGUGCAACAUCGGUAUAUCAUAUGGAGAAAGCAACAAAUUCUCCUCACCCCCAAUACAGGAAUUCAUCUUCCAUGGGAAGUUCUAUUAAAGAAAUCAUCAUCAUUGAUGAUACUCCUGAAAGUGAAGCUGAUUCAACCACUGAUGAUGCCAAACACACUAAAUGCUUGAGAGAAAGCCAGGUACCUUCAGCUGACAAUUUAAUUCCAGCACCUCCCAAUUAUAAUUUAAGGCAUUUGAAUCCCCUCUCCCGAUACCAGUCGCAAGAUCCUUCUUCCCUAGGCGAAUCACCGACGGCACACAGCAACUGCUUUAUUGUGCCCCCCUCUAGGCGAACAAAUACAAGUCCUGUUAAAUGGGGUUGUACUUCAGAAAGUUCUGGUAUCAUUCAGCGGAAUCCUUUUAUAGCUUCAUCGUCCUCAACUGGUCAUCUGAGAUCCGACUUGUAUUAUUCUCCAAGCUUGUCAUAGUCAGGGAGUUUUGCUUGGGAUAGCCAUUUUCAAUUGGUCUGUCCAUUACCAGUUUUCACAAAAAUCCAGCUUGUGUUGAAAGCUUGCACCGUUUCUGCAAAACUAAUUGCUAGAAACUUUUGGGUUUUCAAAUGACUUCCAAUGGCAAACAUACUGGCGGUGAUCAAGACAGAACCUGCAAGAAUCCAGCAGAUGAGCUCUCGGACACAGUUGCUUUUUUAUUUUGAAUGUACUAAAAGUGAGUCGGAUUUAAACAGUUUUUCUGGCUUCUGAAUAGGCAAAUCUCAGUGCUUUCCCAGACUAGACAGUGUAUAAGCAAUCUUGGAAUAAUAGGUGACCCAGAGGAACCUUAGCUUUGAGUUAAUGGAGUUAAAAGUUUCAUAUAUAUGACAUGUUUAUCUUGUUCACACAUUGGACUAGAGCAGCUUUUCCUUUAACAAGUUGUCUCCUGUUAUAUUUGAGUCAUGAAAGACUUUUAGUUUGAUCA